AUGGCGUGCACGCGCUGCCCGGCGUCUGGCGCCCGGGACGGCAAGAAGCCCCGCCGCGCCGCCGCGUGGGCCGUCGACAUCGCCCGGGGACCCCCCAUUCUCUCGUCCUCGCGCGAAGCGAUCAUGCAGACGCACGCCGUGCAGCAGUGGCUGGAGGGGCUCAAGCGCCAGAGCGAGCACGAGUGGUGCACGCGGCCUUCGGUGGCGAAAUUCCUAUCUAAGCUGGUUUCCUUUGCGGACGUCGUCUGUCAGAAAGGCACCGCUGGUGCGGUCGUCACUCUGUGCACGCCCUGGCAGCGUUGA